AUGCCACAACUAGAUACAUCAACAUGACUAAUUACAAUUAUAUCCAUAAUCAUAACUCUAUUCAUUAUUUUUCAACUAAAGGUCUCAAAAUUCAACUUUCCUUUAGGUCCUAAAUUUAAAAACAACAAAAAAUAUCAAUUUACUAAUCCUUGAGAAAUAAAAUGAACGAAAAUUUAUUCGCCUCAUUCAUUAUCCCAACAAUCGUAG